GGACCCCUCUCCGACACUAUGGCGCUCAACAAGAAUCACUCGCAGGGCGGCGGAGUGAUCGUCAACAACACCGAGAGCAUCCUGAUGUCCUAUGAACAUGUGGAACUUACGUUCAGUGACAUGAAAAAUGUGCCAGAGGCCUUCAAAGGGACCAAGAAAGGGACCGUCUACCUGACCCCCUAUCGGGUCAUCUUCCUGUCCAAGGGGAAGGAUGCCAUGCAGUCCUUCAUGAUGCCCUUCUACCUGAUGAAGGACUGUGAGAUCAAACAGCCUGUGUUCGGUGCCAACUACAUCAAAGGGACUGUGAAGGCCGAGGCAGGAGGUGGUUGGGAAGGUUCUGCUUCCUACAAGUUGACCUUUGCAUCAGGGGGCGCCAUUGAGUUUGGACAGCGAAUGCUACAGGUGGCAUCUCAAGCCUCCCGAGGUGAAGCCCCCAAUGGAGCCUAUGGGUACUCUUACAUGCCCAGCGGGGCCUAUGUCUUUCCCCCGCCCGUCGCCAAUGGAAUGUACCCUUGCCCUCCCGGGUACCCCUACCCACCGCCCCCACCUGAGUUCUAUCCAGGACCUCCCAUGAUGGAUGGGGCCAUGGGGUACGUGCAGCCCCCUCCACCUCCCUACCCUGGGCCCAUGGAGCCUCCGGUCAGUGGCCCUGAAGUUCCCUCCACUCCCGCAGCGGAAGCCAAGGCUGCAGAAGCAGCUGCCAGCGCCUACUACGACCCGGGCAACCCCCACAACGUCUACAUGCCCACAAACCAGCCUCCACCACCUCCCUACUAUCCCCCUGAAGACAAGAAGACCCAGUAG